AUGACUACGAGGUUCACGCCCGAGGCUUUUCUGCCAUCGGGCGCCUACGACUCUGAUGUUGUUCUGUCCCUGAAUAACCAUCUGCCUUAUCGCAACACGUCCAGUAUCCCGUCUCCGCCCAACUCGUAUCCUCGAGCUGGAACCCUUCGUCAUCAAUAUCCACAACACUAUCUAAACCCAUGUCGACCGCAAAACCAAGAUUAUAGCCAGAGUCAAUUUCAACGCGGACGAAUACCCCCCGCGAGCACCCUGCCACUUCAGCACAAAGAUUCAUCUCCUCUCUCACUAGAGUCCUUGAGGGCAGCUCAAUCUGUUCCGCCUAGUUAUCGACCAUUUCCCCAGCAGACCGAAUCUUUCGACACUGUCGACGCUCGUCCCGCGACUGGAUCUCCAACUCACGGAGGCCCGCCCCCCGUUCCAGAAUUUCGCUUUCCAGCAUCAUCUACAGCUCCUCUGCCCAACGUCUCUUCGUCUUCCGGACUCGUUGGUACAUCCCUCUCAAGAUCUGUUUCGGCAGACGCAGUGGCUGCCUCUCAAUCAUCAGUGCACGUGGUUCAACGCCUCAUGCAGCAGAACCAAUUGAUCCGCGAAGCCUGGGAAGCGGAGCGAAAUCAUCUCGAAGCUAAUCGGCGACGAGUUGAAGAGGUCUAUCAAGAAGAGCGGAUCAUCAUGGAUGAGGUCCGGGAUAGCUGGGAGACCGAGAAGGAGGGCAUGGCCCGAGAAAUCGAAGAACUCAAAGAACGCGUCCACCGACUUGAAGGAGAGAACAGUGCACUCAAAGCUGUCACAGCGCAGAGUAUCCAGGUUACAGGCGUGGUAUCGCCUCUCGCGAGUCAGCGUGGCGGAAGCGGUGAGGGCUCCUUGGACAGUUCCUGCCUUCAAGCUCCACCAGGACGACUCGCGUCAAGGGGACAAAAUCCCAUCAUUCCAACUGGUCUGUCCAUAUCCGAUGCGUCAUCUCUUCCACCUGGUCUUGAUGGAGCAUCUCGUCGACCUCACUAUUUCCAGUCAAGUAGCGCUCGCGUAUCUCCCACAACACAGCCCGAAUCAUCGCCUUUUGUCCCCCUCGACCCCAGGAUGCAGACACAGAACCCAGUGGCUAAGGACUUCUUAUCGUCCCCUACAGAGCACGUGGCUACUCCUGUUCCAGUCAUUGAUGUUCAAGAAAUCGACCCUAAGUUGGAAGGUAUCCCACUCAAGGCCACUGCGGUCCAGAAGCCCACAUUCGCCGCCGGGGCAUCUCCUCCCGAAAACCCAGCAUCCCCCGUAGCAUCCCCUCCUGGUCCCGCUGCUCGAAGCCCAGAGCAGUCUCGGCGCCCUACGAAUGCCCGGGCUUCUUCCAAGGAAUACACAUUGCAAGCUCUCUCUGCUGUCGAGUCUCGACGUCUGACAAUGCAUGCCGGUCAUACACCCAAUCAUUCCCUGUCAUUGUUCCCCAAAGUCAAUCCGACUGACCCAGGUUCCAUCAUUGGCGAGGGCGCCACGCCUACCGUCGAGACUGUCAUCAAUCUGGAUGCAGCUGUGAUUGCGGAAGAGGAGAACAAUAACAGCCUAUUGGUACCCGUGCAAUCUGAUAGGCGCGAUUCAAAGGUGUCCUUUAUAUCUGUUACAGGAGAGCUUGACCCAAACGCACCAGAUGUUAUGAUGGAACCUAAUGGCGGCGACAAAGCUCUCAAGGGACCACUGAUGUUAAGAAACAUGCCGGCCAAAGAUGAGCUCUUUUUUGAAAAAUUGCACGAAGCACUGGAGCCUAUAAGCCAAGGGCAAAAUGCGCUCCCGGCUGUGAUGCAAGGCCAUGGGCUGGGAUCUAUUGCUGGCCCAUCUGGCUCCAACGCUCCCGCGCAUAUGUCUAAACAGGCCGGACCAGUCGGCGGGGAUGGACCUGCUGACGCCCAGCGAGAUGCCGAUGAUAGUGACGGCGAAGGCAGUGGCAAGGCUAUCGAAAUUGACGUUCCUUUAAAGUUGAAGAGCACGUCCAACUUUGGUGCCCCUUUUGGUGCCAUGUAG